AGGGUGGAUCGGUGGCGCCGCACAGCGGCGCUGCCGGGACACAGCAACGCGAGCGCGAGCGCACGUGCAGUGAUGGCUGGCUGGUCGAAGAGAGAGCGAGAGAGAGAGGAGGCGUAGAAGCGAAGAAGCAGUUCGGAGCAGCAGCGAGAUGGCGGAGGUGUAUCUCGGAAGCAGCUCGUAAGGAAAGACGCUGCUCAGGAGCUAGGUAGUGCAGCAAGUUAGCGAGCGAGAGUGGCAGUGGCGGCGCAGCUCUGCUCUCGCGAAGGGUCUCGCUGACAGCGAGACACCAGCGGACGCGCGCAGGCGGAGCGAGGGCGGUAGGAUGAACGCGACGGUGACGGCGAUGGUGGGCAACGCCGGGAACAACGGGCGCCUGGCGCCCCUGUCCUUGGGCGGCCACCCGCACGCGCCGCAGCAGCAGCAGCAGCAGCAGCAGCAGCAGCAGCAGCAGCAGAGCCAGGGCCCGCGCUGCGUGACCAUCUAUAAGAGCGAGACCGGCUUCGGGUUCAACGUCCGCGGCCAGGUGAGCGAGGGCGGCCAGCUGCGUAGCAUCAACGGUGAGCUGUACGCACCGCUGCAGCACGUCUCGGCGGUGCUGCCCCACGGCGCAGCCGAGAAGGCCGGCGUGCGCAAGGGCGACCGUAUCCUCGAAGUGAACAACGUGAACGUCGAGGGGGCUACUCACAAGCAGGUGGUCGACCUGAUAAAGUCGGGGGGCGACGUGCUCACUCUGACUGUGAUCUCGGUGACACCACAAGAGGCCGAAAGACUGGAGCCGUGCGAGGACCUGAGCUACGCGACGGUGGACUACAGCGAGAAGCGCUCGCUGCCCAUCAGCGUGCCCGACUACCACGUGCGCGAGCGCAAGCACGAGCGCUACGUGGUGUUCAACGUGCACAUGGCCGGCCGACACCUGUGCUCGAGGCGCUACCGCGAGUUCGCCGCCCUCCACAUGGCCUUGAAGAAGGAGUUCAUCGGCUUCAACUUCCCCAAGCUGCCCGGCAAAUGGCCUUUCCAGUUGAGCGAGCAGCAGCUGGACGCGAGGCGGCGAGGCCUCGAGCAGUACCUCGAGAAGGUGUGCGCGGUGAGGGUGAUCGCCGAGAGCGACGCCAUGCAGGAGUUCCUCACCGACCGCCUGGACGAGGACGGCGACCAGGGCCCGGCGGUCGACCUCAAGGUGCUGCUGCCCGACCGCGAGCUCGUCACCGUGACCGUGGCCAAGGCCGCCUCGGCCAAGGACGUCUACGAGUCGGUCUGCUGCCGCGUUGGCCUGGACGCCGAGACCGCCAAGUACUUCUACCUCUUCGAGAUCGUCGAGUACAACUUCGAGCGAAAGCUGCAGCCGCACGAGCAUCCGCACACGCUUUACAUCCAGAACUACUCGACGGCCAGCGCCACCUGCCUGUCCAUUCGCCGCUGGCUCUUCAACAUCUCGAGGCCGCUGAGCGAGCAGGCGCUCACCUGGAUCUUCUGGCAGACGGUGGACGAGGUGAACAGGGGCCACGUCACCGCCGGCGAGAGGCUCUACCAGCUGAAGGCUCUGCAGGACGCCUCGCGGAAGCACGAGUACCUGAAGCUGGCGCGCGAACUCAGCGGUUACGGCGACAUCGUGUUCCCGCACUGUGCCUGCGACUCGAGGAAGGAGGGUCACGUGGUUGCCGCCGUGGGCAUGUCCUCCUUCAAGCUGCACGCCGCCAAGGAGGACGGAACUCUAGAAUCUCAGGUGGUCGAAUUCCAGUGGAGUACCAUCACGCGAUGGGAGGUCGACGACGAGGGCAUGGGCUUCUGCUUUCAGUACACGCGCACGGACAACCGUCCGACCCGCUGGUUGAAAGUCUUCACGCCCUACUAUAUGUUCUUGUCGGACUGCUUCGAUCGAAUAGCCGAGGAGUCCAAAUGGGAGGACUCGGGUGAAUGACAAAAGCUGCGAAACUAAUGAGACUCUUGGCAUUUCAUAGACACUGCAUCGGAGCCUUCAAACUCCCAAAACAUCACUUGAAUUGCAUUAAAAUUCCUGCGACCUCUGCCGCGCCUAAUUAUUGGCCAACGAUAUCCAUCUAGCUGCAAUCGUUCGUUUCACCACUUCUCGAAUACAGACUGUCAAGACCGUCCCUUCAACGAAUCGGCACUGUUCUUUCGUUUGAUAUCGUUUGAUAAUUAUUUUUAACGUGCUAAUCUUUUUUCAAGUUUUCUUUAUCUUUUUUUUUAUUUUUUUUUUCGUUACAAAUCAUGCAAAAGAUAAAUUUUUAUUUUAAUCUUUUAUUUAGCAUAAGCAAUAACGUAUUAGGUAAAUAUUUUUACACGUUUUCCAUUGACACUUGAUCAUGUGUGCAAUUAAUUCAGCAAAAAGAAUAUCGUUUUUGUUUUUAGUAUAGGAAUUGGCCUACCGAGUAACUUUAUCAUUAGCUUACUUUGCUGUAGCUGGAAAGCCUACAUUAUUUUGCGAUUAGAAUAGUAUAAUGUACCGUUAUCACGUGUGUAAAGUAAGUAUUAUUACAUUUUGGCAGCUACUAUUGCAUUACUGUUCAACUUUAACAUGCAUUCUUCUGUAGUGUAUACGUUUUCAUUGGAUUUAUUCAACGUUUUGUGAUAAACAUAGAUUGUUGUUGAUUUAAAUUUAUAUAUUCUGUUAUUUUUUCGUUGCUAUUCGCUGCAGUAAAUUGUGCCAUAAGCAGCUUCAAACAUUAUUCGUGAAAAUUACUUGGAAACUUGAAAAGUUGAACGGAUAACCGUGUUGAAUUAUAAGAAAUAUUUAAAUCAUUCAUUUCUAAAGCUCUACUGCUCUGUUGUAUUUUAUAAAAUGUGGGAUAGGCAAGAACAGAAAGUAAUAAUAAAUAUUCUAAAAGGCGCAAAAUAGUUAUUAAAAAAGCUUUGGUUUAUUAUCCUAAAAAGUUAAUACUCAUUCUUGUCUUAGUUGAAAUGAGCCGUCGAUGUUGAGGAGUAAUUAAGCAUCAUAAUGCUAAGCGAAUAAUGUGGCAAUGGGUGUAAGUUUUCGCUGCAUUUACAAAAAGAAGACGUAUGUACAUUUACGAACUGACGGUAGUCAAAAUCAUGUCGAGCGAAAUUCUUGGAAGAGUUGUAAAUAUUUUUGAUCUGCGACAAUGAUUGAAAUCAAAUUUCACUGUACACUUGAUUAUCAUUUAUUUGUCGAAACUGUUACAUUUUGAAUUAAAAAUUUGUCCGUUGAGAUAAAUAUAAUUAUUGUUUUCUUUGCAAUAAUCUAACGAUCGUAAAACUCGUCUAAAAAUUUUGAUUAUCGUCAGACUAGUAGCUCUGAUUAUUUACAUAUUUACACGUAAGAUCUUGCGCGCGCAUUGGGAAACGCAUAUGCGAUUGUCGUUGAUGUUUUUAAACUUUAUGGAAGGCUCGUAAGACACGUGAGAAAGUGCAUUAUGUAAAGUAUGUACUCGUGGGGAAUACACGAAUGUGAUGAAAUAUGCGAUUCCAGAUAAUGAAAGAGAAAAAUAGUAUAACAAAUGCAACAAUACUGUUCAAGAUAUUGUGCUGUAUAAUUGAGGUAAUACACGAGUCGCCGGUUAAUUAUUAGAAAUCAUCAGUCAAAUGCACGUAGCGCCAAUGUAUCUUGGUGCUCGCUCAUUUUUGCACACAAGUAUUCAUCGCGUGUGUUUGACUGACACGAAUCUUGACGAAUUCUCAAUUGAAACGUUAGCAUAGUUAAAGUAGGGGUAAAGCCUUUAACUCAAACCUGUCUUCAAUGUCACAUCCUUUCUUUAUUUCACUGUUAUUAGUAUGCGCGUCCAUAACAGUCACGAUUUUGUGAGGCGUAUCGUUACUUUAUUUUGUUAGUCGCGAUGUUAAUUGUUAUAUAAAACAAUCUUACCUUGGAAAUUAAAAGAAUCUAAAAUUAUUCACAAUUUGUCUUUUUCAUUUUCCCGCAUUAAGUUGGAAAUUUUUGCAAAAUCAUGGUGUCAAAAUGAGUACAAUUGAAUAUGUAUUAUUUUUCAAAAAGUACUUUUUUGUAAAAAGUUCUAAAUUUGAUAAAAAUUGUAACUGAUAGAUAGCAAUAAAUAAAGAUUGACUAAGAAUUGUAAGAAAGUAACUGCGUAAAUAUUAUUAUAAUAGCUCUUACAAUUGACUCGUAUUUGUGGUUAAUCUGAUCAAUUGGUUUGAUGUGCAUACUUGUUGAAAAGAAAGAACCAGUGUGUAUAUUUUGAAAGCCACAACGAUAUAUUUCACUUGAUCGCAAAUAAAAAGCGAAAGUUGUAGUACAAAGUUAAUCGAAAAGAUCACAAAUAACAUGAUAAUCAUGAGAAUCGAUAUAAAGUAAACUGACAGAAGCAUCAAUUAAUAAUAUUAUUGUAAUGUAAAAGUACUGCUAAAAGAAUUUUUGUAAACUGCAACAUUAUACAAGAUACUUGAUUUAAUAAGUAAAUAUUGCUUCUCGUUGCGAGACAGAGGCAGAAAUAAUAAAAAAAGAAGAUAUUAUGAAUUUGAGUGAAGUAGCCAACACACACGAGAAAUGGUAUCUCAAUAGUACAAGUUGUGUUGAUUUAUGAGAAGUCUGGUUUGUAAAUAAUUGUUGUCAACUUAGUUUGGCGCCCGUUCGCAAUUCAAGAAAAUCAACGUUUAGUCGAACGCGAUCUGACUUGUAACGCACUUAGCAGUUAAUUGAACGAUUGUCCAGACAUAAUUAGCGAUGAAAUACGAUUAUGUUGCUGAUGCGUAUUGUGAGUAAUAAA